AUGAAUACAAAAGAAGUCAAUGAAUGUUAUGAAAAGUCCAAAGAUUUGAAUACAGGUUGUGAGUUUAUAAAGUGUUUUCAUGAACGUUAUCAUUGUAACGAUGAAAGUGUCACAGCUUGGGCACAUGAAUUAUGUCAAGUUUUUCCAAAAGAAAUUGUUCUUCAAUUUACACCUCCAGGAAGACAAAUGAUGAUUAAUAUACACAAUUGUACACAAGAUUUUCUUGCACGAACAUUUCGUCAACGAAAAACAUUAAAUUGCGGUGCAUUUGAAAUAAAAUAUUUUUCAAAUUUAGCUAAAUGUUAUGCGCAUGAACAAAAUUUUUGUCAAAUAUUCAAAGAUAAUAGACAAAUUUUUAUGCAACAAGCAACAGUAAUUAUGUUCAAAAAACCUCGGUAA